AUUGUUUCUAGAGCAAAGUUUCCUCCCGUUUCAGGCUACUUUGCAGCAAAAAAAUCUUAACCCACUUCAGAUGGUAAAUAGCAAAUAAUCCGAAGCCGGAGUUUCAACUUAAUUACUGACCACAGCUAGAAAGUGCACAUGGGGAUCGUUAGGACGCAAGAAGAAGAGAAUGAAAGAAUGGAGUUUGAGGACUUCAGGCAGACUUUGGUUGCUUUGGCUGCCCUGGAAAGAAGGAAACAGAGUGAAGAAUUCAAAGGCCUGAGCUCCCACAAUGCCGACGUUGAUCUUGAAGAGAAGCUUGUUUGUGUUACCAGUGGCGCUUCUUUCCUUGGACUUGCCAUAGUUAACCGUCUCUUGCUCCGUGGAUACUCUGUCCGGAUCCUUGUUGAUAACCAAGAAGAUGUAGAGAAGCUGAGGGAGAUGGAGAGAUCAGGGGACAUGAUGGCAUGUAAGAACAAAAUUUCUGUGGUCAUGGCUAAGCCAACUGAAAUCCAGGGGCUAAUGGAGGCUUUUGAUGGGUGUCGUGGCGUGUUUCAUACCUCAGCUUUCGCUGACCCUGAUGGCAUCUCUGGAUAUUCAAAAUCCAUGGCUGAAAUAGAAGUAAAGGCCAGUGAGAAUGUGAUGAAGGCAUGUGCAAGAACUCCCUCUGUCAGGAAUUGUGUGCUCACUUCUUCACUUUUGGCCUGCAUAUGGAGAGACAGCACCCAACAUGAUCUCCCCACUUUGGUUAACCAUGAUUGCUGGAGUGAUGAAUCACUCUGCAUGGACAAAAAGCUCUGGUAUGCAUUGGGGAAGCUGAAAGCAGAGAAAGUUGCAUGGAAAAUAGCAGAGGAGAUGGGCAUAAAACUGACCACCAUCUGUCCAGGGCUCGUUACAGGCCCUGAAUUCUCCUUAAGAAAUCCAACGGCAACAAUAGCUUAUCUUAAAGGUGCCCAAGAAAUGUAUGCAGAUGGGUUGCUAGCAAUUGUUGAUGUAAGUAGAUUGGCAGAGGCACAUUUAUCUGUGUUUGAGGAAAUGAACAAGACAGCAUUUGGAAGGUACAUUUGCUUUGAUCAAGUCAUCGAGAGAGAGGAGGAAGCAGAGAAGUUGGCAAGGGAAAUGGGGAUGCCAGCAAACAAGAUCUGUGGAGAUUCAUUCGACAUUAUUCCUACUCGCUUUGACUUGUCAAACAAGAAACUUACCAAUCUUAUGUCAAGGAAACUUAGAAGUUGCUAUGGUGAAAGUUAACCCAAGUUAGCUUUCCCUUGGACUAUGCUUUUAUCAUCAAAACAGAGACGAACAAUGUUUCCCACUGUCCAUUUUCUAAAUGAAGAUAAACGGGUCCAUCUUCUUAAAAGUAAA